GCACAGGGUGAGAAGCAGUAGGGAGAGAUCAAAGACAAACAGGAAAGAACAAAGAAUAGAGAGAGAAGAACCAUAGCAGAAGGCAUGCACAUAGAAUUAAAAUACAAACAACGUAUCUCGUAAAGGCUCCUCUCAGUGUCUUCGGGCUGCUCUGUUCCAUUUGGGCCCCUCUAAAGUUCACCAGGAAGGAGGACAAGACAUGCAGUCUGAAAUACCCCCACCCCACCACCUUUCUAGAAAGAUGUCUACUCUUCCCCUCCAAUUACAGAGCAUCCUCUCUCUGUAGUCAGAGGUCGCCCAGUGAUUACAUCUCAGUCGUGUGUGAUGCAAUCCCCCCAGCCGUCAUUGUGGCACAGUCAUCUCCUCCCACCCUGCAGCAGCAGCAGGCACAGCUCAGACCGAAGAGAUUCUGCAACACGUCUAGCUCAUCUGGUGACCUGGUAUAUGGUGCAGCUACAGGCAGAGGGAUCUGAUCACGUCCCAGAGACUGAGCAGCAAGGAAACUGCAGACGCAGCGGCUCAUCUAAAUCCAGCAGCAGCAGCAAAACUCCCUGGCAGAACAGGCUCUGCAGCAGUGCUGCUACUACUAGGUGAUCUCCCGUGCACUGCAAGCUCUGAAGAGGAGAGCCGCUCGGAGCUGUGGGUGCGGUGACCUGUUGGGCCUGUGCUGGGAGGAUCAGCAUGUGCUAGGAGUGUUGCAGAUUCCCUGGCAGCCUCCCCUGCAUCAUCCUCUCUCUAUACCACCUUUACAUAAUAACCCUCCUCUCAUACCGACGGGCAGUGCCAUGGCGUGCUCGAGGCAGCUCCCUCUCCUCCUCUGCUAGAGGCUUGCUAUAGGGAUCAUGGAUACUUGUGUUUUUCCUUUUACCCUUCAGAAAAGUAAACGGGCUGUAAAUGGAGGAGGACAUUGAUACCCGCAAAAUUAACAAUAGUUUCCUGCGUGAUCACAGCUAUGCAACAGAAGCUGACAUUAUCUCGACAGUUGAAUUCAACAACACAGGAGAAUUGCUUGUGACAGGAGACAAGGGGGGCCGUGUUGUAAUAUUUCAACGUGAGCAGGAGAGCAAGAACCAGCCUCACCGGAGAGGAGAGUAUAAUGUUUACAGCACUUUCCAGAGCCACGAGCCAGAAUUCGAUUACUUGAAAAGUUUAGAGAUAGAAGAGAAAAUAAACAAGAUAAGAUGGCUCCCUCAGCAGAACGCUGCCUAUUUCCUACUGUCCACUAAUGAUAAAACCGUAAAACUAUGGAAAGUCAGUGAACGAGACAAGAGACCGGAGGGUUAUAACUUAAAAGAUGAAGAAGGAAGGCUGCGUGACCCUUGCACAAUAACUACAUUACGAGUACCUGUAUUAAGGCCCAUGGAUCUAAUGGUAGAGGCCACACCCAGAAGAGUGUUUUCCAAUGCACACACAUAUCACAUUAACUCUAUAUCGGUGAACAGUGACUAUGAGACGUACAUGUCAGCGGAUGACCUGAGGAUAAAUCUGUGGAAUUUAGAGAUUACAAAUCGAAGUUUCAAUAUUGUGGACAUUAAGCCAACCAAUAUGGAAGAACUCACAGAAGUCAUUACAGCCGCUGAGUUUCACCCUCAUCACUGCAACACAUUUGUAUAUAGCAGCAGUAAAGGAACGAUACGGCUCUGUGACAUGAGAUCUUCUGCUCUAUGUGACAAGCAUUCAAAGUUGUUUGAAGAACCAGAGGAUCCCAGCAAUAGGUCGUUUUUCUCCGAGAUCAUCUCUUCUAUCUCAGAUGUAAAGUUUAAUCACAGUGGGCGGUAUAUCAUGACCAGAGACUACCUUACUGUCAAAGUCUGGGACCUCAAUAUGGAGAACCGGCCGAUAGAGACGUACCAGGUCCAUGAUUACCUCCGCAGCAAGCUCUGCUCUCUUUACGAGAAUGACUGCAUUUUUGACAAAUUUGAAUGUGUAUGGAAUGGAUCAGACAGUGUCAUAAUGACUGGCUCGUACAACAACUUCUUCAGAAUGUUUGACCGCAACACGAAACGCGAUGUCACGUUGGAAGCCUCCAGGGAGAACAGCAAGCCUAGAGCAAUUCUCAAGCCACGCAAAGUCUGUGUAGGGGGCAAACGCAGAAAAGAUGAAAUAAGCGUGGACAGCCUGGACUUUAGCAAAAAAAUUCUCCACACUGCUUGGCACCCGUCGGAAAACAUCAUAGCAGUGGCAGCCACAAAUAACCUGUAUAUAUUUCAGGACAAGGUUAACUAGAACGCUAUUACAAAAUCUAGGUACCAUGAGUUUUAAGCCUUUUUUUAUUUUAUUUUUUCUCUUCCCAUUUUCUAAUACUUUUGUUUUUUGUUUCCAUUUUCCAAGUUCUUCCUCAGCCGAAAUAUAGAUGAAAUAAACAGGCUUACCAAACCACUCAUUACAAUCGGAACUGCUGAUAUUCAAACUUAUUAAUUAUUAUUAUUAUUAUUAUUAUUAUUAUUUUUGUGUGUUCUAUUUUUGUGUUGGCGACCUUUCUUGCGACAGGUUUCUGAAACACGCUCUAUAGCAGUGUGUUAUUGGCCUAUCAUGUAGCAUGAAGGGUUUUAAACAGCAUUAAACUUUGCAGAAAAGAGAUGUUGGGCAUAUAUAAUAAUACUUUUUAAUUGGUAAUUCAAUUUUUAAUAAAAUAUGAUCAUUACAAAAA